GAUGCGGUCAUACACACAGAAUCCCGGGCCUUCCGACUCGCCGGGCGGGAAGAUGUCAUCAUUGCCAAGAAGAGCAAAAGUAAAGGUCCAGACUGUGGUAUCCAAAGAUGAAUUCUCUUCCUUCUCAGAGUUAUCAUCUGCCUCUGAAGAUGACAAGGAAGAUAGUGCUUGGGAGCCCCAAAAGAAAGUACCCAGAAGUCGUAAGCAGCCUGUUCUCAAGGAAUCCAAACCAAAGAGGGUGCGGCGGGUAAAGAAGACUGCCCUACAGAUCAGUGAUGGCUCCGAAGGCGUGGCUGUUAAGGAGGAGCUGAAUAACUCUGUGGCUGUUGCUGAAGUUGAUUUGGAAGACAGAAAAAUUAAAUUGGAUACUGUGCAGACUCUGAAAACAGCAAAAACAAAACGGAAAAAUUCAGCUCAGUCACCUUCAGGUCAAAGGACCAAAAAGCUGAAAGUUGAUGAAGAAACCAACAGGGCCAGCACCAUGGAGAGUGGGCACGAGUCUGCCGAGACGCCGUCCACAAGCGCCACGUGGGAAGGUGCGUGCAAGAAGGAAGAGAACGGAGAUGACUUUACAUUUGGUCAGUCUCCUUUAAAGAAAAUGAAGACGGAAACAUGUCCCCAAGGGCAGCCCGUGAGGCUUCCAGCAAAUGCCACCAAUAUUAAGGAGGAGGUGGAAAUGAACUGGGAUAUAGUACAG